GGCCGGAAGCGGGAAGAAAGUGAGGUCGGAGUCGGCGGCGAGGCCGGAGCGGAGCGCUUUGGCGGUGCACCCCGAAGCAAGAUGGCGGACCGGGAGGAGGCGCUGAGGGAGUUCGUGGCCGUGACCGGGGCCGAGGAGGAGCGGGCGCGGUUCUUCCUGGAGUCGGCGGGAGGGGACCUCCAGAUUGCCCUGGCCAGUUUCUACGAAGAUGGAGGUGACGAAGACAUCAUCACACUCCCCCAGCCUGCUCCAAGCUCUGUUACCAGAGGUACCACACCCAGUGAUCACAGGGUGACAUCAUUCCGAGAUCUUGUCCAUGCUCAGGAAGAGGAGGAGGAGGAAGAAGAAGGACAAAGGUUUUAUGCUGGGGGUUCAGAGCGAAGUGGGCAGCAGAUUGUUGGCCCGCCAAGGAAGAAGAGUCCUAAUGAACUAGUGGAAGAUCUGUUCCGAGGGGCCAAAGAGCAUGGAGCCGUGGCCGUUGAGAAAACAGCUAAGAGCCCUGGAGAGGGGAGCAGGCCGAAGCCCUUUGCAGGUGGAGGAUACCGCUUGGGAGCAGCCCCUGAGGAGGAAUCUGCUUAUGUUGCAGGAGAGGCAAGACAGAAUGCAGCCCAGGAUGUACAUGUGGUCCUGAAACUGUGGAAGAGUGGGUUCAGCCUGGACAGCGGCGAGCUGAGGAGCUAUCAAGACCCAUCCAAUUCCCAGUUCCUUGAAUCCAUCCGCAGGGGGGAGGUUCCUGCAGAACUUCGUCGGUUGGCACGUGGCGGGCAGGUGAACCUGGAUCUGGAGGACCAUCGUGAUGAGGACUUUGUGAAGCCCCGAGGGACUUUCAGGGCUUUUACCGGAGAAGGGCAGAAGUUGGGCAGCACUGCCCCCCAAGUGAUGGGCACAAGCUCUCCAGCGCAGCAGGCUGAAAAUGAAGCCAAAGCUAGUUCCUCGAUCAACAUUGAUGAGUCUGAGCCCACCACCAACAUUCAGAUCCGGCUUGCUGAUGGUGGGCGCCUUGUCCAGAAAUUCAACCACAGCCACAGGAUCCGUGAUGUUCGGCUUUUCAUAGCAGACGCCAGGCCGGCCAUGGCUGCCACCAGCUUUGUCCUCAUGACCACCUUCCCGAACAAAGAGCUUUCAGACGAGGACCAGACCCUGAAGGAAGCAAACCUACUCAAUGCUGUCAUUGUCCAACGGUUAAUAUAACAGGACCCUGGCCACUGGCUGCCGCCCACGCCGUAUAGCCCUGCGUGUGGCACACCGGGCACCGUGGCAUCAGUCAGAUUGUAGCACUGGGUUCCAAGCUGUUGGGUUGGACUCUUUAGUUGCGUUUCCCACGUUUUGUUUUUGGUUUCUUUUUUUUUUUUUUUUUUUUUUGUUUUUAUAUAGACUUUUUUUAAAAAAGGCAAAUUAAACCAAACAUAAACUUUUGAAAAAAGGAGCAUCUGCUGCCAGUUGUGGCUCCCUCGCACCCCCACCAGAUAACUUCUGUCACAGAUGACCAUGGUGCUGCCCUAAGGGAGAGGGGAGGGUAAAAGAUGUGCAACCUGCUUCCUCCUCCAAGGGUAGCCACAAAAUUCUUCCCUCUUUGAUGUUUUAAAUAAAACAAACCCCUGAACUGGGACCUCUCUUCUCUGUUGCCAACCAAAUCCUAUAGAUUACUAUGGUGUGUCAAGGGUGGAAUUAGGGGACAAUUACACCAGGCUGGCCCACUCCUCUUCCUCCUCAAAUAUCGUAGUGUCUCCGACUCCACCAUCCACACCUCUGUGUCCUUGCAGACACUGCAAAGAGAAAGCAGUCCUUUGACUGUUUUAUCUUUGCAUGUCCUGAGAAGUGGCUGCUUAUUCAUCCUAGGAAGCUGCAGAAUAAGGUGUUUAUCUGGUGCAAAUGAGAUGCCCCUUAGGAAGCUUCAUAAAAAGUGAAUGGAAAGCCUAGGAAUGUUAGAGAAACAGACUGGGAUUUUGACUCAUCUUGGAAAAAAGGAGAGGCUUUGGCUUGCAGGGUGUGACUCCACACUUUCUGGAAAUCUGUAUAACUGGAAUCUGUCAUCAUGGUAAAUCCAGGUGCCUAGAUUUCUUUCUUGUUUAGGAAAGAAAUCUUUUGCUUCCCACCAUUGUUUUGUAGCAUCGUUUAAUCUGAAAUCGGUCUUUGUCAUUGGAGCAGAAUGCCCUUCUGCUUGUUCAGAAAGCAUUAUCCAUGCAAAUGUUUCUUUUGUGAAGCAUAUGCAGCAACAGCUGGCUGUCCAUUUAAACCCAUCCUCAGCUCUGCUCUUCUACAGCUUUCACUGGGUGAAGAUCAGACACUCAGCUCCCCACUGAUGGGGAGAGAGUAAAAAAGCAAGUCUCUCACUAGGAGCAGAAGCACAUUAUACAAUGAGAGGAGUGGAUACUUCGAUAGAGAUGCUGAAUCCAAGACACGCUGUCUGUCAGCCAUUAUCCCAACUGAGUAUUCAGAAAUGGGCUUUUUUUGUGGGUAACCAAAUGCACACCACAUGUUGACAGUGAACUCUGUAAAUUAUUGUUACAAAUGUGAGCAUUAAAAAUCCAAACCAAACCUA